CUGUGACGUCACCAGGCCCGGGGUCCUUGGCACUACUCGUUUCUCUCCCCUUAUAAAGGCCGCUGCCACUGGCGCUGCUUCUGUAGUGGUCUUGGUGCUCCGUGCUGCCUUGGGGCCUUUCCUCCCUCGUCGCCUGCCCCUUAGCCCACCGGCCUUCUCGGCUCCGCCAGCUAGCCCGCCGGGGUCCCCGGGGAUCCGGAACCAUGCCUUCAAUUAAGUUGCAGAGCUCUGAUGGAGAGAUAUUUGAAGUUGAUGUUGAAAUUGCAAAACAGUCUGUAACUAUCAAGACCAUGUUGGAAGAUCUGGGAAUGGAUGAUGAAGGGGAUGAUGAUCCAGUUCCUCUACCAAAUGUUAAUGCAGCAAUAUUAAAAAAGGUAAUCCAGUGGUGCACCCACCACAAGGAUGAUCCUCCUCCUCCUGAGGAUGAUGAGAACAAAGAGAAGCGAACAGAUGAUAUUCCUGUUUGGGACCAAGAAUUCCUGAAAGUUGACCAAGGAACCCUUUUUGAACUUAUUCUGGCUGCAAACUACUUAGACAUUAAAGGUUUGCUUGAUGUCACAUGCAAGACUGUUGCAAAUAUGAUCAAGGGAAAAACUCCAGAAGAGAUUCGCAAAACAUUCAAUAUCAAGAAUGACUUUACUGAAGAGGAAGAAGCCCAGGUACGCAAAGAGAACCAGUGGUGUGAAGAAAAGUGAAGUCUUGUGCCUGUUGACACUGUAACACUGUAAGGAUCGUUCCAAAUAACUAGUUGCACUGCUCUGUUUAUAAUUGUUAAUAUUAGACAAAUGCAGCAGCAAAUCCGUUGUAUUAGCAGGAUAUCGAUCGUUCCCAUUGCAUGUGUAGUGUUUUUUGAGUCCAGAGUCUAAUCCUAUGGCUGUUUUAACCAGUAUAAUCAAAAGUCUUUUUACUUUGGUCUGAAUAAAACUGAAACUGUGGGUUCUGUAUGGAAAGUGGCACUUUUGGCUUUCCUUUUCUCAUUUUGUAAAGCAGUUUGUCCAGUUAUUGUCCAGCUUUAAAAUUUAGUUUUCUUGCUAUCUGACUUGCCCUUUAAGGAACUUUGGCAUUGUAAAUAAAACCACUUGCAAAAGUUUUCCACACUAGAAUUAACAAAGUGUUAUCUUUAUUCAUGAGCUUAAAACAGGCAGAAGGCUUAACUGAGGUAAAUGUUUUGAAUGAUUUUUCUUCAUGGAUGUUUUUUUUCCAAUUCCUCAGAGUGAAAAAGUAGAGAACUACUGGUGUAAAUUAAGGCUAGUCCUGCAAUAUAUAUAGCAAGCAGGCCUCCUUAAAUUGGAUGUGUCUGUAUUGAAUGCUGUCAAACUUGAGUAUUUUUUGCUCACUGGGGAGGCCUAGUUACUAACCAGCAAGCAGCUUGUGGUUAUUUGGCAGAAAUGUGAACUAGAUAAAGUUGUUAAGCUUUUCAUAAUUAAACAUGACACUUAACCCAGAUGGUGUGGUCAUCCUUUUAUAAUUAGUAUUCCCUUGUGGGGGGUGAGGGUAGGGGUAGGGGAAUUCUUCUCACUACUUGUUUGUGAAAUGAGUUUAAUUCAGUGUUUUAAAAACUGAUACUCAUUGCGAAUGUUAAAAAAAAAAAAAAUAAACUAAUAAAAGGUGAUUUCAAUUAAGCUAUCUCUGAUGGAGGAUUUUAAAGUGGUGGUUCUCUAAUCUUCUUGUGUGUAAAAGGUUAUGGGCUAAUGGGUCCUGCAAGAAGUAUACUUCCUCUGGGUAAUGAGAACUACAGAAGGCCACCCAUCACUUUCAUGACUUACCUAGUUAUAAGCCUCUUUUUACCCUUCUCUCACUUUAAUGGAAAGGUGCCCAGGGUAAGUAUCUAAAGGCCUUUUUUCGUAUCAGCUCGGUGACACUGAUCACUUUUCUCCUACAUAAUACAAAUUGCUACUUUCCCUUUUCAGGACCCAGAACCUUCCUCCUUAAAGGUAGUUUUCCUUUUAUCUCCUCACAUUUAUCCCUAUCUAUUUCAGCCUCUCCCUUCCCUGGUAGUCUUUGAAAUUCUCCCUGUCCCCUUUUAUUGUUGAUAGUUUUUUCAUCCUUGAUCUUUUCUCAUGUUUCUCCCAUUUCCAUGUUAAUGGAUACUAGGUGUUUUCUCAAAGAUAACACAUCCUUUGCCUCCCUUUCCCCAACCUCAUAUAGCACAUUAUGCUAAGAGGCGGCAGCAUAGCAUUUAUAUGCUUCUAUCCUCUCCUUGCUUCAGUCAGUAACUGAGCAACUUCUCCUUUGAUAUAAGUAUCAGAUUAUAUCAGUCCAUUCAGAUUUUUAUUGCUUAUUAGUUUGCUGGGCUGAUAACUUGUUUUCCAACACUUUGAUGGAUUCAGCCUCUGGUGGCUUAGUUGUCUUCAUUCCAACUUUUGCACUUUUCUUUGGUAACAUCAAUAUUCAUGUUGAUUUGUGUUUGGCAGAAUGGCUUAUUAGAAUUCUUUCCAUCUCUACUCAGCCCUGCAAUACCUACUCCUCAUAGUAGGACCUAGUUUACCUAGGUCUUUUUUAAUAUGUACUUUCAUCAACCUAUAACUUAAAAAAUUUUCUUUACAAGUGUAGAACUUUAUAUUUAUCAUUACUAGAUUUUGAUUAAUCUUUCAAUCCUAUUUGGACUUAAAAAAAUUUUUUUUUUUCCCCUGGGUUUUGUCAUGAUGAGCAUGCCAUUUACACUUUUCUUCAAGUCAGUGGUAAAAAUAUCAGGGGCUGCAAGCAUAGAAUGAUGUUUGAGCUGUUUCCUCAGAGAUAACCUCUUUCCAAACUUAACAUUGAUUUUUAAUGUUAUUAAUGACUGUGGAUUGGAUUGGAUGUGUGUCUCAUAAGUAAAAUAUAACCUUUCCAGUCUCUUUAAUCAUAUUACAACCAUUGUAGUGUAACCUUAGUGUCUUAGUUGUUGUUCUUUGAACUUUAUACUAUUCCCCAUUUCCCAAGCCUGUACACAGGCUAAGUUCUCCCUCUUCACCUCUACUUAGUUUGCUUCCAAAUUUAACUAAGUGCCAGUUCUUAUAAUGAAGUCUUUCCUGUCUUGGGCUGUGUAAGAAAUUAUCUGGGAGAUGAGAGCUACAAAGGCCACCACCUCUUUUCCUAGUUACUGUAAAAUUCUGUUUCUCUUCUCACACUUUUAAUAGAGAAUGAACAUACAGAGGUCAAUAUGCUAUCCUUCCUUACAAAAACUACUUUGAAUUGUUUUGUAUAUAUUCUGUUUAUGUUUGUGUCAUUCCUAUUACAAUGUAAGUUUUUUGGAUUGAUUGUAAUGUAGCCCUCAGCGUUUAGGUAUAGAGUCUGUUUAGUAUUAUAGUAUUAAGAGCGUAAAUAAAUGCUUGUUGAUGGGAUUUGGGAGAAAA